CUGAAUUUUUAUUUUCCACAAACAGCUUAUUAACGCCAAAAAAUAAUAAAAAGAAAAAAAUCAAGCUAAGAUUAAAAAAAACACUUAUUGCUCUCAAUAAAAUUGUACUAAUUUAAUUCAUUAAACAAAAAUGUUUCUCACAUAUGAUGAUAUGGUUGAGUGUCCCUACAACAAAACACAUAUUAUGUUGAGGAAGCGCUUACAAUCGCAUCUACUGAAAUGUCGUGUUAACUAUCCCGAUGUGGAAUUAAGAAAGUGUCCAUUUAAUAUUACCCAUUUAAUACCGGAACCAGAAUAUACGCAUCAUGCCACAAAUUGUCCAGAUCGGAAAUUGAUAACCCAAUACAAAUAUGAAGCUCCCGAACCGAAAGAAGAUGAAGGUCCAAAGCAUGCACCCAUUGAAUGUGACGAGGAUUGGGAUGACACUGAUGUUAACGAUUACAAUCCAAAAUUGAAUUUGGAAAAUUCGAAUAUAAUUAGAAAACCAGACGGAGCCAAUCCAUCCGAACGUAAAUUAUUUAUUAAAAAAGAACGUAAACGUUUAGGAGAUGGUGAUGAGAGUUCUGAUGACGAAAAAAAUAAAGCCAAGUCAUACUGGGAAACUGAGGCUGAAAAAAUUCGCCGCAAAGACAACACAUCACCUUCAACAUCAUCGUACUCUAAAGGACGUUCACGUUCACCAGUAAACAAAUCUAAGAGGGAUCGUUCACGCUCUCCCCUUGGUUUUAGAAGAUCACACAGAGAUCAUUCCCCCCCACGUCGUAGUUCUAUCGAUCAUUCACGAAAUAACUCACCACCGUCCAGUUCAGGAGGACGAUCUUCAUAUUCUUAUAAACCAGAUAUAGAUCCCUACUAUAAUGGUGGCGCUUCAAGUGCAAAUAAUAAUCAAUCUUAUAGUGGUCGAGAUCCUUACUUUAGUAAUGGAGAUAAUUCUCAGGCUUACUAUGAUCGUAAUACAGCAACAAACCCUAUAAUGCCUCAAGCACCACCUCCUCCCAUGAUUUCUUACCCAGCACCACGCUCUUAUUUAACUACAAAAGCUCCGGCACGAAAGUCUGACUAAUUUCUACAACUAAUUUUUUUCAGGAGUUCUCUAUUACAAAAUUUUGUUAGAUUUUCUUUUAAAUUGUUAUGGUUUGGCCAUAUUUUCUAAAUCCGGGCGCCAAAUGAUAGUUUACAUCAUAAUACAUGACAAGGAGUAUUAAUUAAUACCUUGGAUACAUUGGUUUAUAUGGAAAACAAAAAAUAGUUUUGGUUUUCAAUAGAAAUAAAAAAUUAAAUCAACGCCAGAAUUUGUAGGCGAGAAUUUGCCUUUUAAAAACAAUAUAAUUUUUUGAUAUUUUGUUUUCCGUAUAAAUCUAUCACUUGGCACCACGAAUUUAGAAAAUUAUGCCCAAGUGUAAAAUUAUUAAGAAAGUGAAUAAAUUUUGUAUUAAUUUCUAAAA